AUGUCAAGCCAGGCCUUUAUUACUGAGAGGGACUUGCUGCAAACAGCUCUUCCAAGUACAACAUACGAAAAUAGUACCUUAUAUUAUUGCUAUCAUCUUGGAAGUCGUACCCCUCCAAGUUCUGUCAGACACUGGCAUUCCUUCGCUGAAGACGUGAGACGAUAUGAAGUAAGAGAUUAUCGCAUGUUUCCACCGCUCAACGUGAGGGACGACACUGUCGAAAUUAUUGAUGAGACAAACCUAUUGCUGUUAAUGGAUAAUACUAUAUUGACCGUCAUUCGCAGCAUUUGGGAUCAUAGAAGUGUUUCUCUUUUUACAAUACGAGAUACCUUGAGGGCAAAUUGGCAUAUGACCAAUAACGAUGGGAGAGCAAUUGUUUGCAUUUCUCUUAUACCAUGUUGGGCUUUGAAAACAAGCAACCAUGCCGAUGCUGUUCUCGAGUAUGAAAGGGGUGAAACCGACUUCUACAAUUAUGUUAAUAACAUGUAUGAUUACAUGUUGAACCUUGGAAUACGCUACGGGAUAUUGACGACCUAUGACAACACUUGGUUCAUGCGAAGGUCUUCUGGAGAUGAAAAUAUUCUUGAAAUAUCCCGUUGCCAUAAUAUCGAAACCGAUGAUUUGUUACUCCUAUCCUGGAAUUACAUAAUCUAUUUGAGUAGCAUUUCUAGACCGUGUCGUCCCGUAUUGAAUCCAGACUAUAACAACGAGAACCAUCCACCAGAUUCGGGAAAUAAUCGUUAUUUUUCCCGCUCUGUAUCCGACAACUCGGAUCAAAACUCGAACGAACAAGGCUCUAGUUCGAGCGAAGAAACAUCUGAUGGAUACGUCAAUUAUUCAGCGGGGGACCAAUCGCAAUACUCAAAAGUUGAAUUGCAUAUAACCAAAGCGACAAAGUCCACUCUCAUAUGGACCGAUAUUAUUUGGAAAAACUUUCUUGACCAUUGGGCAAAGAACGGACCAAUUAAACUUAUUGAAUACCAUGGUCAAUUAAUGGUUCUUAAAAUAACACCCAUCGGAGAUACACAAAAGUAUAAAAAUCUCAGCUCAGAGGCCGAAAUUUACGAGCAUUUGCAACCGCUUCAAGGCAAUUGUAUCCCCCGACUACUUCACUACGGACACGCACUCGAAAACCAAUUCUACAUCCUCGCUCUCGAGUACCUUCAACCUUUACAAAAAGUGCCUACGAAAGCGUAUAGUGAGCAGGCUAUGAACAUUAUAGCUGAUAUACAUGACCACGGCGUCCUGCAUAAUGAUGUCAGCGUAGAAAAUUAUAUUGUUUCUCUGAAUAAGACUACGGGAACUCGGCAGUUGUACAUGAUAGACUUCGAUUCCAGCAAGCUAUGUACGGAAGAGGAUGAACAAACUCUUGAUAGCUUGUGGGAGAUGAAGAUGUACGAGAAACAAAAGGUUUUAGAUUUAUUCGAUAGCUUGUAA